AUACCACGUUAUGACUUAAUCUACUAUUCAUGUAUUAUCUCUUAUAUAAUUUCUUUGGUCUGCUGUUUGUAUAUGAUUAGGCCAACAUUGCUUGCUGAGGUUUUUGGGGACCUCUUCGGUGUAAGACAGGGCCACUCCAGUGAUUGAAUUAUAUGCCUUUUUUUGGUAGGUAUAUAA